AUGAUAGAUAGACCUCAUAAGAAAGUUAUACCUGGACAGUAUAUCGUACCUUCUUAUAAUUCAAAUAAAAAAAGUGGAAAAAUUGAAAAAUUUUUGGCAGGAGAAGGUACAACAAUAUAUGAAGUGGAAAGCGAUGACAGCCCAUCAAGAAAGGUUCCAAUAAUAGUUUCUACAAGAUUAGGGGAUAUUAAAUACAAGAAUAUUGGCCCUUUGGAAGAAGAGAAGUCUAUUGGGCCUGUUGAGCAAAUUUUGGUAAUGGUAUUACCGAAAUCAAAUGUGUAUACUCAACACUCGGAUGAAAUAAGUGAUGGAAAGUAUGAUGCUAGUGUUUCUAUCAAUUUGCCGAAAGAAAAUGAUAUCGUUUUGGUUCGAAUAACAAGAAUCAAUCAAAAACAAGCAAAUUGUGAAAUACUAUCUGUUGAGGGACAUGGAAAUAUAUUGACAGAUCAUGGGCUAGGGUCAAAUGGCGAAUCGGCCCACCUCUCAGUGCCAUCUGGAGGUGGUGCACAAAGUUUAUCGAGCCAUCAGGGUGUUGCAUCAAGUCAAUCGACAUCAUUAAAUGCUGUUGCUGUCGAUUUGGGAGAGACAUUCAAAGGAAUAAUCAGAACGCAGGAUAUUCGGUCCACCGACAGAGAUAAGGUAAAGAUGAUUGAGCUGUUCAAGCCUGGCGAUAUUGUAAGAGCUAUCAUAAUUUCCUUAGGUGAUGGGUCUAACUAUUAUUUGAGUACAGCUAGAAAUGAUUUGGGAGUUGUAUUUUCAAGAAGCGAGGGGUCUUCUGGGGAUGUGAUGUUUCCAAUUGAUUGGCAGCAUAUGCUUGACAAUAGAACAGGACAGAUUGAGAAGAGAAAAUGUGCUAAACCGUUCGCAUGA